AUGGAAACCGCUGCAGCUAUUAUUGGACUGGUUGCAAUUGGUGCCAAGGUGUUCAAGACGUUAGGCACCUUCAUCUCUGGUUGUAAGGAUGCACCAUCGAUCGCUCAGAUUACGUACAACGAAGUGUGCGAGUUUAAUUUUGCACUUCAAAGAGUUCAGGAUAUCUUAUUGAAGAAGCAGGAAGAAGUGGAGAUCAGCGAGCUUGGAAAGUCCGUCACAGAUGUUAGCCACCUUACGUUUACCCUAUCAUCAUGUGUGUCUACAUUCUCGGAGGUGGAGAGAAUCUUGGACCGUCUCAUGCCACGGCAGGAAAAGAUACUUGGUAGUCCGUCACCUCUCCCGCAGCUCGGCUACAGAAAGAGAAUACGUUGGACCAUGGCCGGCGGAAAUCUCUCCGAACUCAUCAGACGCAUUCAGCAACAUAAGAUUAGUCUAACGUUACUCUUGACAAUCUGGCUGACUGAAUCGACCGCCGAAGCAGAGUAUUCAGUUGAUUGCCUGAACGACGUUUUGACUGGCCUUUGCUCCGUUGAUCGCAAGGCAAGACCAUCGCCAGCUUUCAACCCAUCCUUUGAAUCAUCGUUCGGUGUCGACAAACCGAUACUACCGAAUCCUCACAUGACGCAGACUUCAGCAGGGUCUGAUGCAAGCUCACUUAUGACGAUGAGAAGCUCAUGGAGCACUAAUUCCAAACGUUCCCUUGCAUUUUUAUCGCAGCUGCAUAACACAAGGCCAUAUAGACGGAGCUCUGGACUGGAUAGUACUACAACGGUCUCUACUCGCACAUCCCAGCGCUUGGGAAUGCAAUUUUCUCGGUUUACCAUUGGCUCAAAUGAUUCCAUAAUCUCCUUAGCCUAUACCAAGUUUGAGCAAUCUGGAAGAACACUCGGGCAGGAAAAUGAUGCGGCUCGAAUACCUGUACAAAUAACUCCCGAAUCCAUGUAUAACCCCUGGUGGUACACCAUCUCCUCCUUAGAAUCACAAAUCAUUCAAGAGUCUCCGGCAAAUAAGAUCGCGCAAUCGUUGUGUGCGGUUCUGCGUGAUGCUACAACCAGAGCCGACACAGCCGUCCUAGCUACGGAACUUUCACGUGCACAUAUGGAUACAUCGUAUUCUCUCUUUGUUAUCUGCCUCUUGACCGCUAUAUCGAAUGGUGGUACCACAGUAGUUCGCUGGUUAUUGUCCUGGAUGGCGGACAGGGGUGAGGAGGCCAGCUACUCAAUUGCUAGUGCGACUCUAGACCGAGCCCUCUCCAUCAAGCAGAAUGAGUUAACGAUCUGUCUGUUCAACUGGAUCAUGGAGGAACGCCGACUCUCACUCUCGACCCUACUUGAAAUUACUUUACCUAAAGUAAUAGCGCACGGUGAUAGCACUUUCAUCAUCAGAUUAUUCGAUUCGAUCAAGGUUACGUUAGGGUUAGAGGACUCAAGCACACUUGUGAUAAUCAAGCAUACCCUCCUGACCACGGUAGAUAAGAAAGAAGUGGAUAUGGUGAUUCAAUCAUUGAACUGGAUAAAGCACGAGCUUCAUCAUCUCGAGCACAUCUCUCUACAUGCUCUCGCUUUUAGAGGAGCUUUGAUGAAACACGUUCCAGUGGCCAUUGUCCUGCUUAACUGGGGAUUUGAGUACAAGUUGCUUUCAACAUUUCAGUUGCAAGAAGAAGGCUUAGACAGGGCCGUGAGUGUUGGCGAUCUUGAUAUGGUAAUAUCACUUUUGGAAUGUGGUACUCGGGGAGGUAGGACCAGGGAAGAGACACACAAACUGGCAGAAAAUGUCACGGUGAAUGGCCAUACUGCGAUGGCCGUUGGUCUGAUAGAUUGGCUACUGAAAGAUGAUUCGGAAGAGGCGUUUGACACCGCAAUGCGUCUACUAGACAGCAUGAGAUUGAAGUCUAUGUCAUUAGAUCUCUACCCCAAGGUGCUUAAGACAACCUUGUCAAGGAAUGAUCUCACUACAGCCACAAGGAUUUUGGAUUGGAUGAUACAAGGUUCUAGAUCAUGGCGGCACUACCUGUGUAACGAGCACUCACAAGGUGAAACACUGAACGCUAGCCGUCCUGUGAUGGCCGAGGUCUUGGACCUGAUGGCAGAGAAAGACAUGAAGGACCGGACUACACCGAUAAGGCUACUGUACUGGAUGAUGAGAAGCGAUCAGAUACGAGAAUUUGCACUGUCCAACGAUGCCCUGAUCUCUCAGUUGAACAGCGACCAGGGCACGAUGAUCGGGAUGCUGGACUGGAUGCAGACGAGUUCGAGUGGCAUGGCGUCCUCACUGCUUUCAAAGCUUUCGCACAUUGCUGUGUCGAACAGUUAUCUCACGAUGGCUGUGAGAUUGCUUGAUUGGAUUCAGAAGAGAGAUGGGUGUGGCGCGAGCGAUCUACACAUUUCUUCUUUGCGUACAUCCGUUGAAAAAGGAGACGUUGUCGUGGCCGUGGGGCUACUAAGAUGGAACCAAGAAGGAAAAUCGACAAUGGAGAAAGCUGCACUAUGCAAACCCCUUCUCGAGAGCGCAGUGCAAGAGUGCUCUCGUCCAAUGGUGAUCGCGAUACUGGAUUGGAUGGGCGCGGGUGGUGUGGUCGAAGCAGUAGCAUUACAGGAAACCGCAAUGAAAACCGCAAUAUCGGGGAAAACUUCAGGAAUGGUCAUCGGGCUCCUAGAGUGGAUCGAGCAAAAAGAUCCAGAGGAAGCCAACAGGCAAUAUGGAAGGAUUAUUGAGGCUGCUCUACUGGGAGAUGCUGUUGAGAUGGUCAUCGAGCUACUUGGAUGGGUUUUGCAAAAAGACAAGGAUAAGGCAUUAUCAUUGUAUUCAAGCUCCGUACAAUUUUCGUCAUCGAACCCCCAAUCGGCUAUGCAUCUCGCCCUGCUCAGUUGGGAUGCGAUAAAGACAUAG